GAAUUAAUACUCGGAUAGAACCGGAUGUUCUCACUUCGUUUUGUGUUUAUUGGCGACGAUAUUAAGCUGAAAGUGGUUCAAGUCGCUCGUCGUAUCUGAUUCUUCAUGGCCACAAAGUGCGAAUUACCAGAGAAGGUCAAUGAGGAACUACUUAGGAAACUACAGGAGGAAAUAGAGGUGAUAAACUCUAAAGAAGACGUCGUUUCUGACGAGGAAACGAAUGAAAGCGUGGAGUGUGCGUGUUCGUCACAAGAACCCAAAGAAAUUUCGUUGAAGAUUGUAUGUGUUGGAGGUUAUACUGGCGGUGUAGGAACUAAAGGUGUCUUUAUUGAUGAUUAUCUUCAUGUUUGGCCUCCAGUUAUGACUUAUCGAGCUCCUCUUAUCGGAGUAAAAUUCUACGUGAAGAUAUUAAGGUGGCAGAAAAGUAUUCAACACAAGCCACUCUCCAUCAAGCUUCAAAUCUGGGAGAUAGCCGAGCAGGAACGCUUUUCCAAAAUGGUGAACGUUUAUUUUAAGGACAGUCAUGGGGCGUUGGUGUUCUGGGGGGCUCGUCGACGAACUUCACUCGAGGAAGCCCAGCGUUGGAGAGAGAAGGUGAUGGAUACGUGUCCCUCAAUACCAUGUGUUCUAGUCACGGAUAACAUAGCUAAAGAACCGAUGCAGUGGAUUGGACCUGGGAAGAUAUUCGAGAGCAAUUUAGCGCUGGAACAGUUCUGUAAAAACCACGGUUUUGUCGACCAUUUCGAGAUUAAGUCUCGUGACUGGGAAACUGGUGAAAAAAGUGUUUUCGGACAAGCGGUGAAUUGCCUUCUUGACGAGAUUUUGAAGAACCAACCAUGCGAAUUAGCUCAUUAAUGAAUGGCCUCGAGCGUAAACAACCUGAUCAGAUUAUUUUUUGCGUUUGUAGAAUUGCUACAAAUAUUUCAGUAAGCCAUUCGUCAAUCGAUUUUCGUGUUUUUGUGCAUGGCUCAGUUUUACUGAUUUGAUACAAUCUCCUCUCCGGUAAACAAGGCAAAAGUCAGGCACUUCGGUUCCUGACCGGGGGUGGAAAACUGUUUCAAGUUCUGUUGUCCCUGGGGGGUAACCUUUGCAAAAAAGUCCGUUCACAGUUAUCGUUAUGGCAACCAGCCAUUGUGACAACUAGUGCUUUUCACUGCUAAAAUUAUUAGUCAAAAGCACCACUGAUGAAGUGAAUCAGUUUGAAACACCUCUUUUCAUUUGCAGGCCAGUUGGUGUCUGAUAGUGUGGGCAAGUCUAUAUUAGGUAUUUUGAGGAAUUGGGGGGGGGGGGGGGUAGUCGAGUUUAAAAUCAUCACUUAAGGCUGGGAGUGUGAGUCAUAAUCAGAUGCAUAGAACUUUGCAAUCUAGUGAAAACAGCGUUCUGAGUCCACUUACGACGCUGUCAUUUACGAUCAAGUGAAAACUAGGUUGUCAAAGUCACAAGCAGAAUCGAAGCAGAAGAACUAAACCAAUCACAAAGCAUGGGAACGCGCAUUGUGAUUGGUUUAUCUGUCCGCUUCCUCUUCAGACUCCAACAACCUGGUUUCCACUAGAUCGUAAGUGAUGGAGUCAUAAGUGGAGCCGGAAGAAAAUGGAAACGUUCUGAUUCUUUCAACUCUGAUUUGGUUGCAGUUAUGACUCUGCUUACAAGUCUGAUUUUGGAUUUUUUCCCUGAGUCAUAAGUGCUCUUACAACUCCGCUUAUCACUCUGACUCUCACUCUGUCUUAUUAAAAAGUGAAAAAGAGCCCUUAACAUUUGAAUACUUCUCCCAGCAGUGAAAAAUGUGAUCAAUGAUGAGUGAAAUUUUAGCUGGAAGAAGAUUAGAAACCCCACUAUGACUUGUGAUAAUGGUAUAUGUAGAUAUAUGGCACUUAGCUCCAAAGAAGGGGAGGAAUGGAUAAAAUCUGAAACACACUUGUUGAUUUAGAGAGGGAGAAAGAGAGAGAGGAAGAGACCAUUACAAGGUAGCCCAUUCAGAAACCUUAAGCACCGCUAUCAAUAAAAUUGGGGUUGUAAUAAAAAUUGAAAUAAUCAUGUUGAGACGUUUCUUGAUUGGAUCAGCAGGCUUUCCAGAAUAGAAUUUAAGACAGUGUCAUCAGCGUACAUUAGCAUACUACACCUGUAAGCAAUGAUCGGUAAUUCAUUCACAUGAAGCGCAAUUUAAGAGAAAAAAAUAGACUUAGCCUCUGAGAUAGCUCCCUGAAAAAUCCCUGGAACCCAACGACCUGAGUUCUACCUUAAAGAUAGUCAGCAAAUCACUCGUACUCCUUAAUCCUUCCUCUUCCCAAUGGAGCAGCUGCCAUAAAAGCCAUGGUCAUACCCAUCUGGUUUUGGUUGUUGUUGUUUUAACAAAUGGUUACUUCCCUUUAUUAAAGUCCUUUAGACUUGAAGGGUGUUUUACAGAAAUUAAUGAGACCUCCGAAGCUUGCGCCUUUGGUACUUGUCAGGAAAUCAGUCAGAAUUUAUCCUAGAUCCGCGCUUGUUAAGGGUUUUGAUCGAGUCAUAAACAGGAUGCAUAUCAUUUCACUAUUACAGGGUUUUUACAGGUCAUGGAAAACCUGGAAAGUCAUAGAAUUUAAGCAUUUCAUUUUCCAGACCUGGAAAGUCAUGGAAUUGGAAGAGCACAAAAGUGUGUGAACGCUGUAUGAAUGUCUUCAACAUGGUGUCUUUCUGCACUAGUAGUUGCAAAAUGACAUUAACGAGGGUCAUGAAUAAAUGGCGUGGCCACAAUGGACAGUUUGUCUUAAAAAGGGUCAGGACUUGGGGGCCUUGGUGGCACAACCCCCAACCAAAUUCCAUUAAAGUUCCUCCCAAAAGGUGUGCUCACUAUGUUUGCUAUUAAGCCCACUCUCUCUAAUAAGACCCCCUUUUGAGGAGGAGGAAAGUUUAUAAGCCCCCCCUCCCCUCCCCUAAGUAUUCCUUACUAAUAAAUGAUAGACUGUAUUAAAAAUCAC